AUGACUUUAUUUGGCACGGUGUCUCAUCCAUCCCGCAAGGCUGCAGCGAAGGUGAAUUGCAAUGAUAUCAGUCCCUUGUUUCAGUGGUGCUUGACAUUGUCGUUUUCCUUACAUGAGAAGCUUAGAUAUGCUAGCAAUGGUAUGAGUGCGGAGUAA